AUGGCUUCAUUGAAGGGAGUCUCUCACAGAGGGCAGUGGCUCGGCCUGGUUCUUUGUCUCUUUACGCUGAGGUCCGUGUGUGGACAGGCUCGUUACUCUGUUCCCGAAGAACAGACGGAGGGAUCUUUCGUUGGAAAUAUUGCUGGAGAUUUGGGAAUAGAUGUGCAAAGACUGGUCUCGGGGAACGCUCGCAUUGUGACUAAAGAAAGUCGACAUUAUGUGGAUUUAAAUCGAGACAAAGGCAUCCUUGUUGUUAAAGAGCGAAUCGACCGAGAGGAGCUGUGUAAAAAAACAACGCCCUGCAGUUUUAGUUUUGAGGUGAUUCUGGAGAAUCCAAUUCAGCUGUAUCGAGUCACUGUGGAGGUAACAGAUGUGAACGACAAUACUCCAGCUUUUGCCAAAGACGUAUUACAUUUGAAUAUAGUUGAAACUGCUGCACCAGGGACACGGUUUGCGUUGGAACGAGCUGAUGAUUUGGAUGUAGGUAUUAAUGAUAUUCAAAAAUACACACUAAAACCUAAUGAUCAUUUUAAAUUGGAAACACAGAGUCGCCCUGAUGGGAGUCAAUUUGUUGAGAUGAUUUUGGAAACGCCUUUAGAUCGAGAGAAAAAUGAGGAACAUACACUGAUUUUGGUCGCUUCAGAUGGAGGCGCACCUCAGAGAUCAGGAACAGCACGUAUUCACAUCACUGUACUAGACGCGAACGAUAAUGCACCAGUCUGUAGUAAACAGGUGUAUAAAGCUGAGGUUCAAGAAAACUCUGCAAUAGGAACUGUGGUCACCACCGUCAGCGCCACUGACGCAGAUACAGGAGUCAAUAGUGACGUUACAUUUUCAUUUGCUCACGUCAGUAAAGAGGCUAAGCAACUGUUUGGCAUAAAUGCCAAAACAGGAGAAAUUACAAUCAUGGGUAAAUUAGAUUAUGAAAAUUCAAAGUCUCAUCAAUUGAACGUUCGGGCUAGUGACCACGGAGGCUAUUCAGACACAUGCAGCGUGAUUAUCCAGGUAACUGACGUGAAUGAUAACUCUCCUGUUAUUCAGCUCAUGUCAUUUUCAAGCACAAUCUCCGAGGAUGCCCCUCCAGGCACAACUUUAGCUGUGAUUAAUGUUCAUGACGACGACUCAGAGAGAAACGGUGUAGUAGAAUGUUCUAUUAGUUCUGAUUUACCUUUUAAAAUUGAAUCUUCAUUGUCUGGUUAUUAUACAAUAGUGACUGAUGACGUGUUAGACAGAGAGAGUGUCUCAGAAUAUAAUAUUACUCUAACAGUGACUGAUCAAGGCUCCCCGCCGCUUUCAAACAGAAAAACAAUUCAGGUCAAAGUUUCCGACGUCAAUGACAACCCCCCAAAGUUUGACGAAUCAGAAUAUAGUAGAACAAUACCUGAGAAUAACUCACCUGGAUUUUCUAUUUUCACUGUACGUGCAGCUGAUGCAGACUGGGGCCAAAACGCCCGGAUUUCAUACUUCCUGGAAGACAUGGAAAUUAAUGGUGCGUCUCUGUCUUCUUUAGUGUCGAUGAAUUCAGAAAAUGGCGUAAUUGCAGUCAAAUCCUUUGAUUAUGAGCAAGUAAAGAAAUUUGAUUUUAAUGUAACAGCUCGUGACUCUGGCUCUCCUCCUCUGAGCUCAGUGGUCUCAGUUAAGAUCCUGGUUCAGGAUCAGAACGAUAACGCCCCUCAGGUGCUGUACCCAGUCCAGACUGGGGGUUCUCUGGUGGCUGAGAUGGUGCCUCGUUCAGCAGAUGUGGGCUAUCUGGUCACUAAAGUGGUGGCUGUGGAUGUGGACUCUGGACAGAAUGCCUGGCUCUCCUAUAAACUGCAGAAAGCCGCAGACAGGGCGCUGUUUGAAGUGGGCUUACAGAAUGGAGAAAUAAGAACUAUCCGCCAAGUGACUGAUAAAGAUGCAGUCAAACAGAGACUGACUGUUAUAGUGGAGGACAACGGGCAGCCCUCUCGUUCAGCUACAGUCAUUGUUAACGUGGCGGUGGCGGACAGCUUUCCUGAAGUACUGUCUGAGUUCACUGACUUUACGCACGACAAGGAGUACAAUGACAACCUGACUUUUUACUUAGUGCUGGCUCUGGCUGUAGUCUCCUUUCUGUUCAUCACGUGUGUAGUGGUCAUUAUCUCAGUGAAAAUCUACAGAUGGAGACAGUCUCGCAUCCUGUAUCACUCCAAUCUGCCAGUGAUCCCAUAUUAUCCUCCACGUUACUCAGACACUCUGGGCACAGCGACUCUCCCACACGUGUACAAUUACGACACGUGCAGGACCACAGACUCCAGAAAGAGUGACAUUAAAUACAUGCAGCCCAUGAGUCAAAGUCUGGUCAGUGUUGAUGACGUCGGGACUGAUUCUGCGCAAAAUGGACAUCAGAGAUCCACAAACUCUACAUUGAUCCGCUACUCAAUCCCAGAGGAGAUGAGGAAGGGCUCUCUUAUUGGUAACGUUGCACAGGACUUGGGUUUGGACAUAAAAAGGCUUCGUUCAGGCCGAGCUCGUAUCGUGACUGGAGAAAAUGUUCAGUACGCCGAGCUGAAGACAGACAAAGGGACUCUGGUGGUGAAUGAGAGGAUAGACAGAGAGCAGCUCUGUGGAGACGUGACGCCCUGCAGCUUCACCAGCAUCUUAAAAGACGGCAGUAACUACAUUCAAAUGGUGCUUCAGAAGGCAUUAGACAGAGAGAAACAGUCGCACCUUAAUCUUAAAACUGGUGGCUGUGGAUGGAGGAAGUCCGCAGAGAUCUGUUUCAGAAGACGCUCCCGUGGGCACCACCAUCGUAUAAUUAAUGUAAAAGAUUGGAUUCGGAUGAGAAUGGACAGAUGGAGACAGUCUCGCAUCCUGUAUCACUCCAAUCUGCCAGUGAUCCCAUAUUAUCCUCCACGUUACUCAGACACUCUGGGCACAGCGACUCUCCCACACGUGUACAAUUACGACACGUGCAGGACCACAGACUCCAGAAAGAGUGACAUUAAAUACAUGCAGCCCAUGAGUCAAAGUUUACUGGACGGAGUCUCUCACAGAGGGCAGUGGCUCGGCCUGGUUCUUUGUCUCUUUACGCUGAGGUCCGUGUGUGGACAGGCUCGUUACUCUGUUCCCGAAGAACAGACGGAGGGAUCUUUCGUUGGAAAUAUUGCUGGAGAUUUGGGAAUAGAUGUGCAAAGACUGGUCUCGGGGAACGCUCGCAUUGUGACUAAAGAAAGUCGACAAUAUGUGGAUUUAAAUCGAGACAAAGGCAUCCUUGUUGUUAAAGAGCGAAUCGACCGAGAGGAGCUGUGUGAGAAAACAACGCCCUGCAGUUUUAGUUUUGAGGUGAUUCUGGAGAAUCCAAUUCAGCUGUAUCGAGUCACUGUGGAGGUAACAGAUGUGAACGACAAUACUCCAGCGUUUGCCAAAGACGUAUUACAUUUGAAUAUAGUUGAAACUGCUGCACCAGGGACACGGUUUGCGUUGGAACGAGCUGAUGAUUUGGAUGUAGGUAUUAAUGAUAUUCAAAAAUACACACUAAAACCUAAUGAUCAUUUUAAAUUGGAAACACAGAGUCGCCCUGAUGGGAGUCAAUUUGUUGAGAUGAUUUUGGAAACGCCUUUAGAUCGAGAGAAAAAUGAGGAACAUACACUGACUUUGGUCGCUUCAGAUGGAGGCGCACCUCAGAGAUCAGGAACAGCACGUAUUCACAUCACUGUACUAGAUAUAAAUGAUAAUGCACCAGUCUGUAGUAAACAGGUGUAUAAAGCUGAGGUUCAAGAAAACUCUGCAAUAGGAACUGUGGUCACCACCGUCAGCGCCACUGACGCAGAUACAGGAGUCAAUAGUGACGUUACAUUUUCAUUUGCUCACGUCAGUAAAGAGGCCAAGCAACUGUUUGGCAUAAAUGCCAAAACAGGAGAAAUUACAAUCACGGGUAAAUUAGAUUAUGAAAAAUCAAAGUCUCAUCAAUUGAACGUUCGGGCUAGUGACCACGGAAGCUAUUCUGACACAUGCAGCGUGAUUAUCCAGGUAACUGACGUGAAUGAUAACUCUCCUGUUAUUCAGCUCAUGUCAUUUUCAAGCACAAUCUCCGAGGAUGCCCCUCCAGGCACAACUUUAGCUGUGAUUAAUGUUCAUGACGACGACUCAGAGAGAAACGGUGUAGUAGAAUGUUCUAUUAGUUCUGAUUUACCUUUUAAAAUUGAAUCUUCAUUGUCUGGUUAUUAUACAAUAGUGACUGAUGACGCGUUAGACAGAGAGAGUGUCUCAGAAUAUAAUAUUACUCUAACAGUGACUGAUCAAGGCUCCCCGCCGCUUUCAAACAGAAAAACAAUUCAGGUCAAAGUUUCCGACGUCAAUGACAACCCCCCAAAGUUUGACGAAUCAGAAUAUAGUAGAACAAUACCUGAGAAUAACUCACCUGGAUUUUCUAUAUUCACUGUACGUGCGACUGAUGCAGACUGGGGCCAAAACGCCCGGAUUUCAUACUUCCUGGAGGAAAUGGAAAUUAAUGGUGCGUCUCUGUCUUCUUUAGUGUCGCUGAAUUCAGAAAAUGGCGUAAUUUCUGCAGUCAAAUCCUUUGAUUAUGAGCAAGUAAAGAAAUUUGAUUUUAAUGUAACAGCUCGUGACUCUGGCUCUCCUCCUCUGAGCUCAGUGGUCUCAGUUAAGAUCCUGGUUCAGGAUCAGAACGAUAACGCCCCUCAGGUGCUGUACCCAGUCCAGACUGGGGGUUCUCUGGUGGCUGAGAUGGUGCCUCGUUCAGCAGAUGUGGGCUAUCUGGUCACUAAAGUGGUGGCUGUGGAUGUGGACUCUGGACAGAAUGCCUGGCUCUCCUAUAAACUGCAGAAAGCCGCAGACAGGGCGCUGUUUGAAGUGGGCUUACAGAAUGGAGAAAUAAGAACUAUCCGCCAAGUGACUGAUAAAGAUGCAGUCAAACAGAGACUGACUGUUAUAGUGGAGGACAACGGGCAGCCCUCUCGUUCAGCUACAGUCAUUGUUAACGUGGCGGUGGCGGACAGCUUUCCUGAAGUACUGUCUGAGUUCACUGACUUUACGCACGACAAGGAGUACAAUGACAACCUGACUUUUUACUUAGUGCUGGCUCUGGCUGUAGUCUCCUUUCUGUUCAUCACGUGUGUAGUGGUCAUUAUCUCAGUGAAAAUCUACAGAUGGAGACAGUCUCGCAUCCUGUAUCACUCCAAUCUGCCAGUGAUCCCAUAUUAUCCUCCACGUUACUCAGACACUCUGGGCACAGCGACUCUCCCACACGUGUACAAUUACGACACGUGCAGGACCACAGACUCCAGAAAGAGUGACAUUAAAUACAUGCAGCCCAUGAGUCAAAGUCUGGUCAGUGUUGAUGACAUCGGGACUGAUUCUGCGCAGAAUGAACAUCAGAGAUCCACAAACUCUACAUUGUGGCACAGGUUUUCAGUCCGCGUCCAUCGCCACAACGGAAAACUGGAAACCUAA